ACUCAGAGGAACGCGCUCUAGGGCCGCGCGGGCAUCCGGGCCCCACACGUCCCCUUCGCGCAGGGCGCCGCCGCACCUGGAGGCGGAGCCAAGCCGCUGAGUCCGCUCCCGGGCACGAAGCCCCCUCCCCUCUGUCCUCCUGCCGCUGCAGAUGCGCGCAGGUGCCGAGUGGCCCGGGACCCUGCAGACGCGGGCCCACCAUGGAGCACAUCCGCACACCCAAGGUUGAAAAUGUUCGCUUGGUUGACCGAUUAGCUUCUAAAAAAGCAGCCCUAGGAACUUUGUAUUUGACAGCUACUCAUGUCAUAUUUGUGGAAAAUGUACCUGACACAAGAAAAGAAACAUGGAUUCUCCAUAGCCAGAUUUCCACCAUUGAAAAACAGGCAACAGCUGCUACAGGGUGUCCUCUGCUUAUUCGCUGCAAGAAUUUUCAGCUAUUACAACUGAUCAUACCACAGGAAAGAGACUGUCAUGAUGUAUAUAUCUCUCUGAUACGCCUUGCAAAGCCAGUAAAAUAUGAAGAGUUGUACUGCUUUUCAUUCAACCCCCAGUUGGAUAAAGAAGAAAGAGAACAAGGUUGGAUGCUGGUUAAUCUCAGUGAAGAAUUUGAGCGAAUGGGCAUCCCUAAUAAUUACUGGCAGCUUAGUGACGUGAAUAGAGACUACAGAGUUUGUGAUUCUUACCCUACUGAACUGUAUGUUCCCAAAUCAGCCACCGCACAUAUCAUAGUGGGGAGUUCCAAAUUCCGGAGUAGACGGCGGUUUCCUGUCCUUUCUUAUUACUAUAAAGAUAACCAUGCCUCCAUCUGCCGGAGCAGCCAACCCCUGUCUGGCUUCAGCGCCCGGUGCCUGGAGGAUGAGCAGAUGCUACAAGCCAUCAGGAAAGCCAAUCCAGGAAGUGACUUCAUUUACGUUGUUGACACACGGCCUAAACUUAAUGCAAUGGCCAAUCGUGCUGCAGGAAAAGGCUAUGAGAAUGAAGACAAUUAUUCAAAUAUUAAGUUUCAGUUUAUUGGAAUAGAGAACAUCCAUGUCAUGAGGAAUAGUCUGCAAAAAAUGCUGGAAGUGUGUGAACUUAAAUCUCCCACUAUGAGUGACUUUCUGUGGGGACUGGAGAACUCUGGCUGGUUAAAACAUAUUAAGGCCAUCAUGGAUGCAGGGAUCUUCAUUGCAAAGGCUGUUUCUGAGGAAGGAGCAAGUGUGCUUGUUCACUGUUCUGAUGGCUGGGACAGGACUGCUCAAGUGUGUUCUGUGGCCAGCCUCCUGCUAGAGCCACACUACCGUACUCUGAAGGGCUUCAUGGUAUUGAUUGAAAAAGAUUGGAUUUCCUUUGGUCAUAAGUUUAAUCACAGAUAUGGAAAUCUAGAUGGUGAUCCAAAAGAAAUUUCUCCAGUGAUUGAUCAGUUUAUUGAGUGUGUAUGGCAGUUAAUGGAACAAUUUCCCUGUGCCUUUGAGUUUAAUGAAAGAUUUUUGAUUCACAUUCAACACCACAUUUAUUCCUGCCAAUUCGGAAACUUCUUAUGUAACAGCCAAAAAGAGAGGCGAGAACUCAAAAUUCAAGAGAGAACAUAUUCUUUAUGGGCUCACCUGUGGAACAAUCGGGCUGACUACAUGAACCCUCUAUUUAGAGCUGACCACAGUCAGUCCCAGGGAACCCUUCAUCUCCCCACAACACCAUGCAACUUCAUGUACAAGUUUUGGAGUGGAAUGUACAAUCGAUUUGAAAAGGGGCUACAGCCGCGACAGUCAGUUACAGAUUACCUAAUGGCAGUGAAGGAAGAAACCCAGCAGUUGGAGGAAGAACUCGAGGGCCUCGAAGAAAGACUGGAAAAAUUUCAGAAAGUCCAGUUAAAUUGUACUAAAGUGAAGAGUAAGCAAAGUGAACCCAGCAAACACUCAGGGUUUUCUACCUCAGACAACAGCACAGCCAACACUCCCCAGGAUUACAGUGGGAAUAUGAAGUCAUUUCCAUCCAGGAGUCCUUCACAAGGUGAUGAAGAUUCUGCUCUAAUUCUAACCCAAGAUAAUUUGAAAAGCUCAGAUCCAGAUCUGUCUGCCAACAGUGAUCAAGAGUCUGGGGUAGAAGAUUUGAGCUGCCGGUCUCCAAGUGGUGGGGAGUGUGCACCCAGUGAAGACAGUGGCAAAGACCGGGAUUCUGAUGAAGCUGUCUUUCUCACUGCCUGAAGUUUCCUUUUGGAGUUCCAAGAUAACAGGACACAUGAAUCACUUUCCAAAAAUAAGGGACAGGUGCAAUUUCAAACAAACAAACAAACCUCAGAAAUGGUACUUGUCAACAUCAAGAAUUAUAAGAUGUGGCCACGAAAAAGGACACAAAUUCCAACUGUUGAAGAACAGGAAAUAACUCUUUUCUUUUAUCAAAUAAAUAGAGAAAAAUUAUUACCUACUUUGAAACCCAUUCUAUACUAUCAAAGUUUUAUUUACAACAAAACCACUUCUACCAUACCCUGAAAUUAUUAAUACAAAUCUUAUAGCAUGCAUCUGCUAAAAAAAAAUGCCCUGAUACCUUCAUGCACCUGCUAUCGCUUGACUUUCUCUUCUCGAUGUGUAUUGUUUUCUAAAACACCUGACAUUACCUUCUUUCCUGAGUCUAUUAUCACUGUUUCAGUAAUAGCAUUGUUGAGGCACAACCUUUUUGGUUAAUCGAUAUAUUUCUAUAAGUGAGGAGCUUUGUAACUGCUUAACCUUAUCUUUCAGGUUUAAUGGUCACCUUAACUACCUAGAUACUAUAUUUUCAAUUGUUAUAGUGAUUUUGCUGCUUUUACCUUGACUCUCCUAUUUCUCCUCAUUUAAAAAUGCUAAAAUCUACAAUUCACUUUUUAUCUAACAUAAGUCUAAUACUUAAUAAAGUUGAAGCAACAUUUA